AUGUUUCAAUCCGUUGCUUCAUGGUUUCGCAAGAGUAUCUUGCUUUUCAUAUUAUGGCAAUUCCAAGUGCCAAGAGAUGCCUUCCGUUUUGCUUGGAAACGUUAUGGAAAUGCUCCUGCAUUGUCUUCACCAACUGUUUCCUUUUCAUUUGAAGAGUUAAAACAAAGAACCUUGAUGAUUGCAACCAUACUCACCAAGAAAGGACUCAAACAAGGAGACAAGUUAUUCGUUUGUCUUCCAAAGGGAGAAGAAUAUCUACAAGGUUAUUUGGCAACUAUGGAAACUGGAAUCAUUUUGGUGUCGGUUCCAAAGACUGCAGAUUCUGAAUAUUUAAAGAAAAUGGUUGGAAUUGUCACACCCAAUGUAUUACUCUAUGAUCACGAACAAUGUGAACAUGUAGCAACUGCUCUUAAAGAAUUAGUACCUCAAGUAGAAUCCAUACGUUUUGAUGAAUUGGAGAAUAUUUUCACUCAAGAAUUGAAAUUGUCAACAACAUGUCUCGAAUUUUGUACCAAUACUAUUGAACCCACUGAUUUGGCAAGUAUUGGAUUUACAAGUGGAACUACAGGUCAACCAAAAGCACUCACUGCAACUCAUGGCAUCUUUUUAACUAGUUUAACUCUGACUGUGAAAAACGUCGAAUUAGGGCCAAGACUUUCUCAAGAAGUCUCACUCGUAGGAAUUCCAAUUCAAGGAGCUGGUAGUGGAAUGAUCAUGCCAACGCUCUUGAGUGGUGCCACUCUUCUCAUUCCCAAAGAAUUCACAGCUGAUGAAUUUUUAAGACUCAUUCCACUUCAUCAAGCGACUAGAAUUUUCACAACACCAAGUCUAUUGAUUGAUUUGUUGGAUCAUCCCAAAUUAAAAGAAACAGAUUUGACCAGUUUGAGAAACAUCAUCUACGGUACUGAAUUAAUGCCAACACCCAAAUUAGAAGAAGCUCUCAAACAUUUUGGACCCAUUCUUCAACAAGGAUAUGGAAGUGCUGAAGUGUUGCCUCCAGUAUCCAUGCUUUCCACGAAACAUCACGUGUUGGAAGAUGGAAUAACCAUUGCACCUCGAAAUGUCUUGUCAUCGGUUGGAAGAGUGGUCCCUCAAGUACAAGUUCGUAUUGCAUCGGAUGAGAACGAUGAACCAUUACCUCAAGGCUCUAUUGGUAACAUUCUCAUACAAUCUCCAACACAAUUUAAAGGCUAUUUGAAUAAUCCAGAAUUAAGCGAAAAAACAUUAAGGGGUGGAUGGCUUCAUAUUGGAGAUGUCGGUUAUUUGGAUGAAGAAGGUUUACUUCAUGUGUUGGGUCGUAAACCAGACAUGAUUCAAAAAUCCAUUUCCAAUUCCGAUACGAAACAUAUCAUCUAUCCGAGACGAGUCGAAGAGGUUCUUCAUGACCAUCCUGCCGUGAAGGAAACGACCUAUGUUCAAGUGAGUAGUGAUCGGGCAGUGAUGGCUGUCUCAUUAAGGAAUGCUUUUAAACAUCGAUUGAAGGAAGACUCUAACGAAUUGAUACAAGAAUUGAAAACUUUCCUUUCUUCAAAAGUUUCUCCCGAAGAUAUGCCAGAUGAGUUUGCACUCAUGAAUGAAUUGCCAAGAAGUGUAUUGGCCAAAGUAUUAAGACGUGAAGUAAGGCAAUACUUUGAACAACAACAAUAUCAAUAA